UGUAGAGAAAAUGUAGAGAAAAUGGGCGUUGAUAUUCAAACAUACAGAGCUAGAAUUGGCUCUCACAAGAAUUCUCUGUGUGGUGAAGCUAUCAAAAAUUACAGACACUCAAGGAGUAGUGAUGUUGCAGCACUUGUCACAAACAUAAAAAUUAGCAAUGGCCUAAAAAAUGUUGGCUGUUUGCUUUUUAUCGGCAUUCUUUUAAUGAUUGCUGGUGUUGAACCAAACCCAGGUCCGGUGGAAAAAGGAGAUGAUUCAGAAGGGCCGAAAAUGAUCAAAAUCUCCAAACUUGCGGCUAACAUAAAUAAGGAGAUGCUGUCAAUGUUCUUCGAUAACAAGAUAGAGUGUGGUGGAAAAGUGGUUGACGUGACAGUGAACGCUAACGAGUGUAAUGCCAUUGUUGAGUUUAACAAGUCAGCCGCUGUUGAUGAAGUUAUGAAUAAGAGACCAUUAUCUAUUUUCGGCUUUGAAGUAGAAGUAGAUAUUUUCGAUGUUGUGGAACUACAACGUAAACCGCGUAUAAGAAUUUCCGGAUUAAUAGAAAACACAAAGAAAGAGAUGCUUGCAAUGUACUUUGAACAUGAAGAGAGAAAUGGCGGGGGGAAAGUGAAAUAUAUCGAAAUGGACCAGAAGGGGAAGUUUGCUAUAAUUGAUUUUGAGGAGAAAGAGGGUGCUGAUGCUUUUAUGUUGAGAAAUCCGAAAUCUAUACUUGGUAUGAAUGUCACUGUAGAAGUCAUUGGAAGUGACACGCUGACUGAAGUGCCAAAAAUGAUUAAACUUACCAAAAUAUCGGUAGAUAUGAAUAGGGUUAUGUUGAAAAGAUUCUUUGACAACGCGAUAGAGUGUGGUGGAAAAGUUGUGGAGCUGACUGUUAAUUCCAAAGAGCGAUUUGCCAUUGUCACAUUUGAUACGUCUGCAGCUGUAUAUGAAAUGAUUAACAAGACACCAUUGGCAAUAUUGGGAUUUAAAAUUGAUGCUUAUGUGUACACGGGCAAAGACGAUUCAGAAACUGAUCAUGCAGGAAGGGGAAUGCAGGGAGCAGACUCUCUACAAACAAGAGAAACAAAAACUGUUGCACGUGAGAAAACUGGCCCUACAGAAUGUGAUGGAAAAGAACCAGAUUCGUUAAAAAUAAAUGAAAUAAAUAAGGUUGCACAAAAGGAAACAGGUCCUGCAAAUUGUAAUGAACAAGAACCGGAUUCUUUACAAGAAAAUAGUAAGUGACUCAUUUAGACAAUUCAAAAACGAUUCCUGACAAAACACAUGUCAUGAUUUUUACUACAAUUAUCUGUUUAAAACAUAUUUUUGGUUCAAUUAAACAAAUAAGCAAUGUUGUCAAAUUUACGAACGAAACUUUCUGGCGACAAUUAAAACUUUUAGAAACACCAUAAAAUUUUGAAUGAUUAAAACUGUGUAUAUUCGAAAUGAAUAUAUUCAUUGCCGAACAAAUAUCAUGUUAUAUCAUGUAGUUGUGCUAAUUAUUAGUCACACAAUUCAGUUUACGAAUAUCAAUACUAAGUUACGUCAAUUUUAAAAGUUUAGGCCAUUCCUCAUUUUUAAACGUUUAGUAUCUUUCUUAGUAUAAAAUCUAUUAUACAUUUUCAGAAACCAAUAAGGUUACUCAAAAUAAA